CUUCCCCCAAAACUUGUUUCUUCAUCAUUUCUUGACAACCACUGCCCCACUUGGGGGGUGGGGGCGGGGCGUUUAAUAACAAAGUUUGCUUUUAAUGAUUUAUCCAAUAGUUUGCAGAAUGAAGACCGUUGAGAGGGGGGUGUCAGAAAAAGUCUUGGAGAGAAAUGCCUGGGGGAGAGAAGAGAAAGAUAGCAUAUGAGAGCAAGGGUCUGAGGUGAAGCUAAAGAGAAAAUGAGGGUUGGGGGGGGGUGGGAGGAAGGCACAGGACAUUGCUCUUGGAAUGGGAAAGAGAGACGUUGGGGAAGAGCUCCGGGCUGGAGCUCAACAGAAAGAAAAUGGGCGUUAGGAGAAAAACUGAGUUUGGGGGACUUUUUUUUUCCCAGCUUCCUUUCCUUUCCAAGAGUUUUUCUCUGCUCCAUUUUGCUCCUCCCCCUCCUCCCCGCCUCCUCUGCUCCCCCUCCUUCCCCGCCUCGCGCGGCAAUGGGAGGCUCCUAGGCAAGAGAAGCAAAAGAAGGAAUUGUUUGCGAGUUCAGUCAUCCAAAAAAGCUUCUUCCAUAUGGAGGGACCGGGUGCGCCGGGCGCGGCGUCCCCUGCCUUGUCCUCCUGCUGCUGCCGCCGCCGCGACCCCCGCUUCCUGCCGCAGGGACCCUGAGCCCCGGCCCGCCGGUGUCAGCCUCCGGGCGCGCGCACGCACACUCACCCUUGCACACACACACACACACACACACACUCACUCACUCACGCCCGCCACAGCCACACGCGCCCGCACGCGCCCUCCCUCCCCGGCCGGCAACUUCUCGGGCCGGGGCUCCUUUGUUGCUCCUGCGGCGGCCGCUCUCCGGUUUUGCGAGUCCCCGGGUGUCACGGUGCGGGUUGUGUGUCCUUUCGGCGCGGUGCUGUGCGGCUCCCUCCGCGCCCGCCACGCCGGCCCCGGACGCCGCUCGCCCUCCCCAGAAGCUGCCGCACCAGAGUCCCAGCACGAACUUCCUGGAACCCAUGACCCAUGAAGUCUUGUCAACACUCACACCAUCUGAGGGUAGCAGCCAUGAAGUAGAAGAAGCAGAGUGCAGGGGAUUGUAGUAGCCAUCUAAGUGACUCUGGUGGCUUAUGGGACGUUGGCUUGGACCCUUUGUGACACCGUGCUGCAUGGGAUGAUGACGACCCGGAGA